ACAUGUUCUCAAAGACGGUGUUUUGGUAACACAGCUUAAUCAAAUAUAUUUAUAUUUUAAACUUGUAACUUGAGUGGAUUCACGGUUCCACAUAACGGCGGCUCAAUGGGAAAAACGUCGAAGGAUAAACGUGACGUUUACUAUCGUCAAGCCAAAGAGGAGGGAUGGCGAGCACGCAGUGCAUUCAAGUUGAUGCACAUCAACGAACAAUUCGGCAUUUUGGACAAUGUGCAGCGAGCGGUUGAUCUGUGCGCUGCACCCGGCAGCUGGUCCCAGGUGCUCUCGCGCAAGCUCUACGACUGCUGCCUGACUGACGACCAGAAAUCGGAAGUGAAAAUCGUUGCAGUUGAUCUGCAAGCGAUGGCGCCAAUCCGUGGCGUUGUCCAGCUGCAGGGCGACAUAACCAAGGAGAGCACAGCAAAGGCGAUAAUUUCGCACUUUAAUUAUGGCGACGACAAGAAGGCGCAGCUAGUCGUCUGCGAUGGUGCACCGGAUGUGACCGGAGUCCACGAAAUGGAUGAGUAUAUGCAAAGCCAGCUGAUCAUAUCGGCUCUGAGCAUUGCCACCUUUGUGCUAGAAACAGGCGGCUCUUUCGUGGCAAAGAUAUUCAAGGGCAAUGCCAACUGCAUGCUCGAAUCAAGAUUACUCACAUUCUUUGAUGAAUUCCAAAUCUACAAGCCGCCCAGCUCGCGACCAUCGAGCAAUGAGGCAUUCGUUGUGUGCUCUGGUUUCCGGCUGCCGCCUGGCUAUGUUCCACAAAUCAUAAAUCCGGCACGGGAUGAAUUUCGACAACUAGCCCGCGAAACUGGCUCAGCGAUCAAUCAGCGUCUGGUCCCAUUUAUUGCUUGUGGCGAUUUGAAUGGAUGUGUGGAUGAAAGGGACGGAUUCACCUUGAAAGAUCUGGAAAUGACCUACGAUGAUAUGAUAAAUGAUGUCGAUUUUCCAAGUGAAUUUAAGGACGAGCUAGAGCCGGUGCUUUUGAAUGAAAUCGCUACCCGGAGCGCAGAACGUGCCCAGGCUAAUCUAAUCUAA